CAUAUCAUCCACAGCCACACCCACACACCCUCAAGAUCUACAGAACUCUCUUUUUAGUUUGUUUUUUAAAAGAGGCAUCAAGGAGAUAGAUCAUAAUAGAGGGCGCUAUCAUCUUGUCGAUACCGUUGCUUUCUUUACACAUUCUAAUAAAUUUCCAUACCAUUCCUUUAAUAUAUGCCUUCCCAAUCGUUGUGAAAUAUAAAUCAAACUGAAAUUCAUCUUUCGAGUUCUGUAGAUCUUGAGGGUGUGUGGGUGUGGCUGUGGAUGAUAUGGUGUCAAUGAAAAUAAGUCUCACACCCAUACCCACACACCCAACACCCACACCCACCCACACCCAAUUGAUUUCACUAAUAAUAUGAGCCUGGCAAAUAAUCAUGUCACCAUCUAAUAAGUGCUUUAGUCUUAUUUAUUGAGUUAUUCUCACACGUUUUUUUCUGCAUGAAUAGAAUUUUUUUCUUGCUUCAUAUGUUAGAAAUUGAAAUUGACGUAUUGAAUUAUCAAUGAAAUUGUUUUUUGCUUCUAUCUAGGUUCAAAAAAGGAUUGCUUUGUUGCAUUUGGAUUUGAAAUAGUUGAAGAAGAUGAACAACUGAAUACUUAUACUUGGAGUAGUUCUCCAGGUCUUCGAGAGAAGACGGAGGAAUAAGUACAAAUUAUUCGAGGGGUUGGUGUUUCAUCAUUUCAACGGACAACAUCUACAUCAUCAGCAACUUUAAAUUCUGUGGCAAAAGCAAAACGAAAAAAUUUACAUAAUCGAAAUUCAAAUGAUACAGAUGUUUUAACUAUAUUAAAUGACAAAUGGGUGCCACCAUGUCCAUCAGCAAUAAUUACAUUUUUAGCUGAAACUAGUAAUGUGACUGGAACAGAUGUUACUAAUGAUCAUUUAACAAGUUCCAAUAACCAUUCAACAUCGAUUUUGAAUUCUGUGACAUCAAAUACAGAAAAAAAUGUAACAUCAUCAUCUGAUGUUGAUAUGUUAUUUAAUGAAAAUACAUCAUUACGAGAAAGAAAUUUAGGGUGUGUGUGA